UGGUCCGUGUCCGGGGACUCUGCCCCGGGAUCUGCGUCCGUCCGGGCUCUCUUUCCCGGUCCGUAUCCGUCCGGAGCUCUGUCAGGGGCUGAGGGUCCGUCCCGUGUCCGUGUCCACCGGGGGUCUCUCUCCGGUGUCCGUGUCCAUCCGGGGCCUCUGUCCCCGGUCCGUGGCCGUCCUGGGGCUCUGUCCGAGAGCUCAACGAAGCGUGCUGGUGGCACACUGAAACUUGGGAGAGUGUAAGAGCACACCCUGGCACGACUUGCGGCAGCAAGGAUUGCUGGAAAAAUUCAGGUUUCCUGAAUGGCAAGCCAGGUUUAUGUUAAGACAUGGUGACUGACUUUGAUGAAAAACAUGACGAAUAUUUAAUAUCCCUUCAGCAGAGAAACCGGCUGCAGGAGCGGUUAAAAAGAAAAGAUCCCGUGCAAAUCAGACUGGAGCAGUUGGAAAAAGGAUUUUCUCUGUAUGUGAAUGGAGCUAACUCUGAGCUAAGAAAGUACCCCAGGAAAAUCACCCCACACAGCUGCCUGAGGAACAGGCUCAGACCCACCAGGACAAAGGAAGCAGCCCAGCUAGAAGAGAGUGGGCUGCCAGACCACAGCCCUCAGACUGCCACAAGCAAGAUACAACGCAGGAAUUGGCUUCAGAAAACUGUGGCAAUUAAGACAGAAGAAGGGGGUAAACUCUACAUUAAACCAUCUCUGCAGUACUCUGAAGAUUUUGAACCUUAUGAAAGCUUGAGUGUGGAGAGCAGCAGUGAUGAUGAUGAUGAUGGUCCUCUCUCCCAGCAGGAAUUGAGAAGCAGCUUGCAGCACAGUGUGGAAGAGGAGAGGAUGGAAGAAGACUCCCUUAGUGAUGAUUAUGACUCUGUUGAAGAGGAUGUGUUUUCAGACCCAUCUCCCACUGAGGAAGCAAUUACAGGCUUUGAAGGCCUUCAGCUGGAUAGCAGUGGGGCACUGCAGCAGGAAGGUUCUGAACAUCAGGAUGCUGGGAGAUGCUCUGGCCUUGAUUCUGGUGCCCCAGCUGUGCUGGAGUUCAACCAGGAUCAAAGCAAAGUGAAGCCAGUGCAAGUUCUCUCAGCCAAAAGAAAGGACAGUGCUGAAGUGUACAUUCCUGUCAAACCAGUCAUGCUGAAAAAUAAAGGCACUCGGCCACUCUCUGCUGAGUUCUUGCACCAGGACAGACAUGAAACAAUGUAUUCUAAGCCCUUAAGUCGACCAGAAACAUCCCUUUCAGUAACCAGGAAGAGUGUGUGUGAGAAGGAUCCUGACUUCUCUGUUUCAGCUGUUGUUCAAGCAGUGCAGAUUGAGAAUGAAUUCUUGCAGGGAGAUCUGCAAAGGCAAGCAGUUGCCACAAACCCCCAAAAGGAGACAUUUUCUGUUUCUUCUAUUCUUUCUGCAAAGACUGAACCUCCAGAAAAACGCCAGACAAGGACUACAGUCACCAGAGCUGUGGAGAGAUUCUGCCCUUUUGGGAGCAGACAAAAGAAGAGACUCCUGAAAGCCUUUGUGGAGCGUGGGAGCCAUUCUGCCUGUGACAGUGACAGAUCCCUGGCUGGUGGCAAAGCUGGAGUAAAUUCCAUGUGGAGAGAGAUGACAGCCAAUAUGGAAGUACAUGAUGCCAUUUAUGUGACCAUGGAACUUCUUUCCAACUGGGGGAAUCCAGCAAAUGUGGGCCUGAGCCAGGUGGAAUUCUUUGAUUUGCACAACAAGAGGAUCUUUGUGUCUCCUCAUGAUGUGGACAUUCGAAAUGCUGACAACCCAGGGGAUUUGUGCUGCCUGGUCAAUAAUAACUUAAAUCUCCCCAAGGAAAGCUGCCUUUGGAUGUGCCCUUUCCACCCACCCGUCCAACUUUACUUUGUUAUCCGCAAUCCCACCCGCUCACGUGACUUUGGUAUAUCCAAGAUCAAGAUUUGGAAUUACAACACAACAACUCCCAGUAAAUACCUGGCUGCUUCAUCUGGAUACACUUCAGACCUUUUCUGCUUCCUAAAAUACCUAUCCCAGACAUUCCAAAGCAUCAGAGAACAGUCUCCCACUGACUGGAAAAGCGUUUUUGAAGACCUUGAUGUUGGAGCAAAGAAGGUGAAGUUGUAUGUUGAUGAGAACCUUGUAUUUGAUGGCGAAUUAGAGAGAGGCUCUGGAGAUCUCCUUGCUGACCAGAGCACCACAAUUGACCUUACAGAUCACAAGCAAGAUAGCUCAGCCUCUCCCUCAGCUGAGAGGAAAGAAGGAAAUGCACCUGCAGGUCCAGACAAGAAAACAGACAUACAUUUUAAAUGCCCAGAACCAAACAGUGCUUCACUAAACUGGACAGCUCUGCCAGAAGAAAAUCUUCUUGAGCCUAAGAUGAACUCAAUCAGCUUUACAAAGAAAAAUUUUUCUCAGUUAGAGGAUGAUCUAAAAGUGUUCCCAUCUCAAGUUUGUAUAAAAGAUGCCAAAGAGGAGGCAGCAGCAGUUCCAGAGCACGUUCAGUCUGAUGAUGAGCUUUGUUUGAGUGAGCAAAUGGAAAGGUUAACAGGAAGAAAACUGACUGAUUCUGCAGGUGCAAUUCCUUCUUGGUUGCAGUCAUCUUCCCAGGUAACACGGAGUAAUCAGGUCUCUCCCAGUAGGCAGAAGCCUCCUUGGCUUGCUCCAGAACAGAAUUUCAGCUCCAGAUUUCAAACACAGCCAGAUGAAAUAAUGAAAAACUUCUCAGAUCUGAUAAAUGAGGAUGUCAAAUGUCAGAGGCAUGAACUGGGAGGAUCCAAUAGUAGAAAUGCAACUGGAGAUGGGAGAUCACAAACGCUGACCAGAAAGGAUGCUGAUGUGGACUUGGAUAUUUUUGACUCCCUUUCUAACAAAAACUGCAGUUUGCAGUACCCUGUGAGUGGAAGGAGAAGUGUCAUGUGUGGUAAAAAGCUGGGAUUAAACACUACCAAUCUUGGAGAAGAUGAUUCUGCUCCCAAAGAUGAAGACUUUCCCAUCAAGGACGUAGCGACCUCUAGAAUGAAGUGGUGCAGUGAGCAAGAGCACACUCUGCAGGAGUCCUGGAACUCCUUGGUGAAAUUUAAUUAUUCCCACCGUGGUCGGAUCUCGAACAUGGAUUUUCAAGGGGACAUUUUUGAUGAGUUUCUCCAUCAACAGAAAAUCAACCGGCCUGGAGAAUAUCAGAGAAAAGAGGGACUACAAACACUACCAAAGAAGCAAGAGGAAGAAAAUUCUGUGGAGAUACAGGAUGGAAGUGAUUUUAAAAUCCCUGUCUUACCUUAUGGGCAGCACUUGGUGAUAGACAUCCGAACAACGUGGGGAGACAGACAUUAUGUUGGUCUUAAUGGAAUUGAAAUUUUCAGUUCUAAAGGAGAGCCUGUUCAGAUUGCAAAAAUAACAGCUGAACCCCCUGACAUAAAUAUUUUACCAGCUUAUGGAAAUGAUCCCAGGAUAGUAACCAACCUGAUAGAUGGGGUGAAUCGGACCCAGGAUGAUAUGCACCUCUGGCUGGCACCAUUCACCCCUGGAAAACCUCACUUUGUCUUUAUUGACUUUGUGAAUUCCUGUCAGGUGGCCAUGAUUAGGAUCUGGAAUUACAAUAAAUCCCGGAUCCACUCCUUCCGAGGUGUCAAAGACAUCAUCAUGGUGCUGGAUGAGCAGUGCAUCUUUAAAGGAGAGAUUGCCAAAGCCUCAGGAACCUUGUCUGGAGCUCCAGAGCACUUUGGGGAUACCAUAUUGUUCACUACUGAUGAUGAUAUUCUUGAAGCCAUUUACUACUAUGAUGAGACAUAUGAUGGAGAAAUGGGAGAUUCCAGCUCCCUGAGAUAUGAGGAAGAGCUGAAGAGGCCAACAACUGCAGACAGGGAGGGAGAUGAGAGACCUUUUACACAAGCAGGGUUGAGAACAGAGAAUCAACAGGACAGCCUGGGUGGGGAGGCAGAAGGGAGAUUGAUAUACAAAAAGAAACAGGUUCAGGAGCCAGACCCUGUCUCUGAAUGCUUACCAAAGGAAACAGGAAUAUUUACUGGAAAAUGCCUGCAACUGAACUUCACCAUGACCUGGGGAGACUCUCAUUACCUGGGGCUGACAGGACUUGAAGUGAUAGGAAAGGAUGGUCAAGCAUUAAAAAUCAAUGCAGAACAGAUUUCUGCUUCACCCCAAGACUUGAAUGAUCUUCCAGAGUACACAGGAGAUUCCAGAACAUUAGAAAAGUUAAUAGAUGGGACUAAUAUCACAGUGGAGGAUGACCAUAUGUGGCUCAUUCCCUUCUCUUUUGGAGAAGAUCAUCUGCUCACAAUCCAUUUUGAUAAAACUGAAAGUAUUGCAGGGCUUCGCUUUUGGAACUAUAAUAAAUCUCCAGAGGAUACCUACAGAGGGGCUAAGGUGGUCCAUGUGGUGCUGGAUGGGCACAGCAUCUCCCCCCUGGAGGGCUUCCUUAUCCGCAAGGGACCAGGCAACUGCCACUUUGACUUUGCUCAAGAAAUUCUCUUUCUUGACUAUCUACAGCCCCAGCCAGCUCCUAAAGUACACAGGAGGAAUGCUUCAAGGACACUGGAACAAGCCAGCAUGGACUAUGAAGCACCAUUAAUGCCCUGUGGCUUUAUUUUCCAGUUCCAGCUCCUGACGAGUUGGGGUGAUCCCUACUACAUUGGUUUGAAUGGGCUGGAGCUGUUCAAUGAGCAUGGAGAGCAAAUCCUACUGACUGAAAACAAUAUUGCUGCUUUUCCAGAUAGUGUCAACAUUUUAGAUGAUGUAUCUGGAGACAUCCGGACUCCAGACAAACUGAUUGACAGAGUGAAUGACACCACUGAUGGCAGGCACAUGUGGCUGGCACCAGUUCUUCCUGGUUUGGUGAAUAGGGUAUAUGUCAUUUUUGAUGUACCUACUACCGUGUCAAUGAUCAAGUUAUGGAAUUAUGCCAAGACACCUCAGAGAGGUGUGAAGGAGUUUGGUCUUCUGGUCGAUGACUUGCUGGUGUACAAUGGGAUUCUGGACAUGGUGAGCCAUGUGGUGUCAGGCAUCCUGCCCACAUGUGACCCCGUGGUGCCCUACCACACCAUCCUCUUCACGGAUGACGAGAGGAUUUGCCACAAGGAGAGGAGAAAUGUUAUCAGCAAUCAUGUGGGGGAUCAGGAUGUACGAAUGAUGAAUGAAAAUGAGAUUGUCACCAGCAGCAAAAAGAAACAAGUUGUGGCUGAUCCGGCUCUGCGCCCCAAAACCUGCAUGAAUGAGAAAGGACUGCAGAGGAGGAAAAGAUAACAAGGAAAGUCCUGAAUGCAUCCAGCCCUAAGGAACUGCACUCCAGAUCUCCAAAAUAUGCAUAUCCAAAUGGAAGAUUUUCUAUGUCUGCUGGUGCUGCACCACCUCCUCUUGUGAGAGGCAGUUUUAUUUGCUACAGGAUUCUUUUUUCAGAAUGAAAUCUGAAGCGUGAA